GUGGUGUUUCACAAGACUUCUGUACAAGCUAUAAAAGUAGGCAAGUGAGCUGCCUUUUGCAAACAGCGUCACCGGACUGGAGGAAGAGCCACCAGCUCUCCCCAUCCAAGAAGCCGACACCAAGGCUGUCAUCCAGCUCCUGCGGCAAGAAAUCCGAGCUACAGAAGUCCUUCUGAGAUGGGAAAAAUCAUCAUUUACGAGCAUGCCAACUUCCAGGGCUACUCCAGAGAGUUCACUGGAGACAUUGCCAAUCUAAAAGCUGUAGAUUGGAAUGAUUGUGUCUCCUCAGUGAAAGUAAUUGGCCAGCCUUGGGUGGCUUAUGAGCACGUCAACUACACAGGCCAGUUACUGGUAUUUGAGGAGGGAGAACAUAGCUUUGUUGGCAGAGAGAUGAAUGACAAGAUCUCUUCUCUGCAGUUGAUCACUGAAGACCUGCGCAAUCCUCAGAUCACUCUCUACGAGCAUGCCAAUUAUCAAGGGAAGAGCAGGGUGAUAAGAGAAGCAACCAACCUGGCGAGGGGAUAUGACAAUGACAUCAUAUCUUCUCACAAAGUCCAGAGAGGCGCCUGGCUGCUGUGCGAACACAGCGAUGGAAGCGGUAUUCGCUACAUUGCGCGAGAAAACGAGCACCUUCCAUAUUACGGGGCAAUCAAUUUCAAUGACAAGCUUUCAUUUCUGCGUCCCCUUCUCCCUGGCAGGGGCUGUGGCUGUUAGACUGCAGAUCCUGCCACGCUGAGGGAAGAUGCAGUCCCAGCGAGAAACUGGAGACCUAGGUCUCUCCCAGUACAAUCUAUGCCCGUAUUGCUCCUCUCCCCAGUGCCGCAGAAACACUGAAUGGGAGCGCUCUCUUUCACGCUGCACUGUAGGUCUGUAUUUCUCGUAAGAGACGUGCCAGGGGUGCGUAACCUAUGGCACCUGCAGCUGGCAUUCUGAUAUAUGUAACGUAAAAGCAUUGCAUGUUGCUUCUGUUGCUAGAUGUGUAAACAAAAUGCGAGUAUAUAACCUGUAUAUCACUUACUUUGUUUUACAAAGCUCUUGCUUUACCACGGCCUCUGCCAUUUUUUGUACUCCGCUUUGUGUUGUUGCCAUUAAAGAAGAUAUUGAAAUAAACAAUGGGUCU